ACCAUUGGGGGCGCUGGCGGCUCUCCUCUGCCUGUAUAAAGACCACUGAAUGAGCUCGCUGAAUCCAGGAAGUGCAGAAGUUGUCCGAAGCUCCAGCUGACUACCACCCGAGGAAAACCUUAGAAACCGAAGUGAUGGCUGAACCCAGAAUAUCUUCCAUCGAUGGGAAGUUAGCCGAGGAAUUUGCCGUUCCCUCCCAUGUCGAGGAGGUCAAAGAGAAGAUGACUACUUUUGCCGCACAUCACGCUGCAGCAGGUCGCAGGGUCGUCCUCAUCACAUCGGGAGGCACUAAAGUUCCUCUGGAGUCCCGCACUGUUCGCUUCCUGGAUAACUUCAGCAGCGGCAGACGAGGAUCCUGCUCAGCAGAGUAUUUCUUAGACUCGGGUUACGCCGUCAUCUUCCUACACAGGCAUCGCUCCCUCUACCCUUACACCCGCAUGUUCUCUACCAUGAACAUGCUGGAAGCCCUGAAGUUCAGAGGUGGAGAGGGAGCUUCCAGUGACUCUGGUGAGGUCGUUGUUAAUCAGGAGGUGCUGCCCAACAUUGCCAAAGUGCUGAAGAGAUACCAGGAAGUGAAAGAAGGCCGGCUUCUUCUGCCCAUCGAGUUCAACACUCUGUCAGAGUAUCUGCAUCUUCUCAAAGCAGCAGCACAGGCACUCAGCACAAUAGGAUCCAAGGCUAUGUUUUAUUUGGCCGCAGCUGUAUCUGAUUUCUAUAUCCCAGCAUCUGAGAUGCCCGAACACAAAAUACAGUCUUCCAAUGGACCUCUUCAACUCAGCCUGAACAUGGUCCCAAAGAUCCUGUCUCCACUGGUUAAAGACUGGGCACCUCAGGCUUUCGUUAUAUCUUUUAAGCUGGAGACUGACGCCACCAUCCUGCUGGACAAGGCUCGACGGGCUCUGGACACAUACAGGCACCAGGUGGUGGUGGCUAACGUACUGGACUCUAGACGGGGUUACGUGGUGGUGGUGACUCCAGACACACAAGUGGAACUGAUCCUGUCAGAGCAGGACGUGGAGAAUGACAUAGACAUAGAGGAGAGGAUAGUGAGCAACUUGACUGUAGCACAUAACAAGUUUAUAACUCAACAAGGCUGACAGUCAUCACCCUAUCUGCAUGUUUGAGUCAAUCACACAGCUUAAGGCAUCAUUACUUGAUAUUGAAUUUGAGCUUUACUCGAUUCAUUCUUGCUGUUCUGCUAAGAAGUUACUGUAUUGCUGGACUGCAUAACCUUAGUCAUACCUGUAAUUAUAAACACAUAAUGCCUUCCCUUGUUUUUUGUGCUCUAAAACGGGCCAAUAGGCUGUCUACACAGAGACAAUGUACAGCUUAUUAGAAGGUUGUAAGAUGUUUAUUCACGUUUGAAUAAUCAGAACAGAAAUGCAUUUUAUUUUUGCAUCAAUAACUCAGUUGAAUAAGUCAGUGAUUUGCUUUACUAAAAGGGUUGCCUAAAAUAAACAUUGUACAAGUACA